GGCAUGAGGAGCAGGCGAUGAUCCCCGCCAGCGCCUCCGCUAGGAAGGGGCCGGAGGGCAAGUACCCGCUGCACUACCUGGUGUGGCACAACCGUCACCGCGAGCUGGAGAAAGAGGUCCGCGCGGGCCAGGUGGACAUCGAGCAGCUGGAUCCCCGUGGGCGGACUCCCCUGCACCUGGCCACCACACUGGGGCACCUCGAGUGUGCCCGUGUGCUCCUGGCACAUGGUGCAGACGUGGGUAGGGAGAAUCGCAGCGGCUGGACAGUGCUUCAGGAGGCUGUGAGUACCCGGGACCUGGAGCUGGUACAGCUGGUGCUACGGUACCGGGACUACCAGCGGGUGGUGAAGCGGCUGGCGGGCAUCCCCGUGCUCCUGGAGAAGCUGCGCAAGGCCCAGGACUUCUACGUGGAGAUGAAAUGGGAAUUCACUAGCUGGGUGCCCCUGGUGUCCAAGAUCUGCCCUAGUGACACCUACAAAGUGUGGAAGAGUGGGCAGAACUUGCGGGUGGACACCACACUCCUGGGCUUUGACCAUAUGACAUGGCAGCGAGGGAACCGCAGCUUCGUCUUCAGGGGCCAAGACACAAGCGCCGUGGUCAUGGAGAUUGACCAUGACCGCCGGGUAGUGUACACGGAGACCCUGGCACUGGCCGGGCAGGACCGUGAGCUGCUGCUGGCUGCUGCCCAGCCCACUGAAGAGCAGGUGCUGAGCCGGCUUACUGCACCUGUCGUCACCACACAGCUGGAUACCAAGAACAUCUCCUUUGAGAGGAACAAGACAGGCAUCCUGGGCUGGCGCAGUGAGAAGACCGAAAUGGUGAAUGGGUAUGAAGCCAAGGUAUAUGGGGCAUCCAAUGUGGAACUCAUCACCCGGACACGGACAGAGCAUCUUUCAGAACAGCACAAGGGCAAGGUCAAAGGUUGCAAGACACCCCUGCAGUCCUUCCUGGGAAUUGCUGAGCAGCAUGGGGGCCCCCAAAAUGGGACCCUGAUCACCCAGACUCUGAGCCAAGCCAACCCCACUGCCAUCACCGCAGAAGAGUACUUCAACCCCAACUUUGAGCUUGGCAACCGUGACAUGGGCCGCCCCAUGGAACUGACUACCAAGACACAGAAGUUCAAGGCCAAGCUGUGGCUGUGUGAGGAGCAUCCCCUGUCCCUGUGUGAGCAGGUGGCCCCCAUCAUUGACCUCAUGGCUGUCAGCAACGCGCUUUUCGCCAAGCUCCGGGAUUUCAUUACUCUGCGCCUGCCUCCCGGCUUCCCUGUCAAGAUUGAAAUCCCCAUCUUCCACAUCCUGAACGCCCGCAUCACCUUCGGGAACCUCAACGGCUGUGACGAGCCGGUGCCUUCGGUGCGAGGCAGCCCCAGCAGUGAGACCCCUUCCCCAGGCAGCGACUCCUCCAGUGUCAGCAGCUCCAGCUCCACAACCUCCUGCCGCGGAUGCGAGAUCUCCCCGGCCCUGUUCGAGGCCCCGAGAGGGUACAGUGUGCUGGGCGGCCAGCGGGAGACGGUGACCCGAGACGACGAUGACGACCUUCUGCAGUUUGCCAUCCAGCAGAGCCUGCUUGAGGCGGGCAGCGAGUAUGACCAGGUCACCAUAUGGGAGGCGCUAACUAACAGCAAGCCGGGCACUCACCCCAUGUCCUGCGAGGGUCGCCGGCAGGACAGAAGCGCCCCGCCUACGCCACAACGCCAGCCUGCGACCCCUACCGCCGUUCCCAGCCCUCGGCCCAGUCCUAGCCCUGGUAGCUGCGUGUUCCGGAGCUACGACGAGCAGCUGCGGCUGGCCAUGGAGCUGUCUGCGCAGGAGCAGGAGGAGCGGCGGCGGCGAGUGCGCCAGGAGGAGGAGGAACUGGAGCGAAUCCUGCGGCUCUCACUGACCGAGCAGUAAUGCCACUGCCCGGCCUUCAGCCGUGCCAUGCGAGCCCCACCCGGGAGUGAGACACGCCCCGACCCACGCGCACUGUGGCUGGAGACCAGAGCCACUGCCUCAGGGGCAUAGGGACGCACCAAACACCAGACGAGGGGUUAGGCAUGGCCGCAGGGUAUCUUUGCGGGCCAGGGCCCUGGAGGCAGCUGGCACGGCCGGGUCCCCCUGCUUUGCUGUGUCCUGACCCCCAGCCUGUCCCAGGGCAAAGCCAGGCGGUCCUGAGUGGGAGACCGGUCCUUAGAGGAGCAGUGUCCGCGUCCUUGCUCCUUCUGGCUCGCUCUACUUUCUGCUCACCGACCCCACUCCAGGACACUGCCUGUGAAGCCUUUGCAUUUCCGCUCUUCACCCCUGGAGGGCGGCUGAGCUCCCCACGUGCUGUGUAGCUGCUUUGUUCCAGACACAAGCCGGCACGUCAAGGGCCCAGCCCCUCCCCCACCCCGGCAUUUCAGCGUCAAGUGCACUUAGCGGGGUGUCCGGCUCCCCCAGCCCUUACACCCCUCCCAGGUCUCAGGGUGGUCGCAGCUUCAAUAUAGGCGGCCAGAGGUUGGAGACCCCUUCCCCAAGACAUGUUUUUGUGAUCAAGGAGGGUGCCCAAGUUGGCCCCCCAGUCCUGGGCAAGGCCUGACUCCCACAUGCUGUCUUGGCAAGUGCGGGCACGGGGGGAGGGGACGUCGGGCUGGGGCAAGCACUGGAUCCCACACUAGACUGCACAGAGGGGGGUUGCCCAGUGCCCUGGCGCCACCACCCGCCCCUUCCCGCCGGCUGCUGCUAGCCCUCUGUGGUUGUGCGUCCCACUCGCCCCCACCCAGGGGCUGACUCUAAAACCCUUCAUCCAAUGGUGCUAACCCCCGGCUCUCCCCUGCCCCGCCCCGCCCCGCCCCCCCAGAGAAGCACAGACCCUGCCAGGGGCAGGGGCCCACAGCACACUUCCCGGCUCUCCCUGGCUGGCCCUCCUGGUUCAGCCAGUGAGGUUCAGAAGGGACACAAAAGGAGUGGAAGAAAAGAACAAAGAGAAACUGUUCCUCUUAUCCCCUUCCCUGAUGCCAGGGGCACCAGACUGAUUCUGAGGCACAAAUUAAAGAGGCUUCAAACCUGA